AUGAAGGUAACGUUCAAAGUGUGUUUCUGUUGUGUAAGAAGCUUCAAAGUGAAAUCAAGUGAGCCACCUCAAGAAAUCAAAUCACUUUUCGACGAUUACUCCCAAAACGGCAGGAUGUCUGUAGAUGAUAUGCUCAGGUUCGUGAUCCAAGUGCAAGGAGAAACACACGCGGAUUCAAACUACGUGAAGGAUAUAUUCAACAUGCUCAAACAUCACGGCGUCAGUGGCCUUCAUCUUGAAGAAUUCUACCGCUAUCUCCUUAGCGAUUUCAACUCUCCAUUGCCUCUUCACGGCGAGGUUUGGCAAGAUAUGAAUCAGCCUUUAUCGCAUUACUUCUUGUACACGGGACAUAACUCUUACUUGACUGGGAAUCAAUUCAACAGUAGAAGCAGCACUGAGCCGAUUGUGAAGGCUUUGAGAAGAGGAGUUCGUGUCAUCGAGCUUGAUUUAUGGCUUAACCCUUCAGGAAGUGAAGCCGAAGUUCGUCAUGGCGGGACGUUAACAAGUACUGAAGAUCUUCAGAAAUGUCUUAACGCUGUAAAGGAGAACGCAUUUAAGGUAUCUGAGUAUCCAGUUGUACUUACCCUAGAAGAUCAUUUGCCUCCAGAUCUUCAGAAGAAAGUCGCUAAGAUGCUGAGAAAGACUUUUGGAGGAACAUUGUUUCGAUGUAGAGACGAAUAUAAAAAGUGUUUUCCUUCACCAGAAGCACUCAAGAACAAGAUUUUGAUCUCAACAAAGCCACCAAAAGAGUAUCUUCAGUCCCAUAUCUCUCAAGGUGCAACGACAUCUGAAUCUGUAAAUGCUGAAGAACUGAUUCAAGAUGAAGAUGAGAAGAUUCUAGCUGUCGAAUACAGAGACUUGAUCUCGAUUCACGCUGGGAACCGCAAAGGCGGGCUUAAGAACUGCUUGAAUGGGGAUCCUAAUCGAGUUAUACGGUUAAGCAUGAGCGAGCAGUGGCUAGAAACUCUGGCUAAAACCCGUGGAGCUGAUAUAGUAAUGUUCACUCAGAGGAAUAUUCUGAGAAUAUUUCCCAAGACUACACGUUUUGACUCAUCAAACUAUGAUCCUCUUGUUGGAUGGAUUCAUGGGGCUCAAAUGGUUGCCUUCAAUAUGCAAAGUCAUGGGAAGUUCUUGUGGAUGAUGCAAGGAAUGUUUAAAGGCAACGGUGGAUGUGGUUAUGUGAAAAAACCUGAUGUUUUGCUCUCUAAUGGUUCUCGAGGUGGAAAUUUUGACCCUUUCAAUCAAGAUCUCCAGAUCAAGACAACUCUUAAGGUGAAAAUUUACAAUGGAGAAGGAUGGAAUAUGGAUUUUUCUCAAGAUCAUUUUGAUCGAUACUCUCCUCCUGAUUUCUACGCAAAGGCUAGUGUCAGAAUCGCAGGAAUACCUUUAGACACAAUAAGUUACAGAACAGAAACAGAUACAAACGAAUGGUUUCCGGUUUGGAAUGAAGAAUUCGAGUUCCCCUUGCGUGUUCCGGAGUUAGCUCUUCUGUGUAUCACAGUCAAAGACCACGACCGGAAUAGUCAGAACGAUUUCGCCGGCCAGACAUGUCUUCCUUUGUCGGAGAUCAGGCCUGGACUUCGUGCCGUUCGGCUCCAUGAUCGUGUCGGGGACGUCUUCAAGCACGCGAGACUGCUCGUGCGGUUUGUCUUGGAGCCUCUUGUGUCAAUAAACUAA